AUGUACUGGAUGUCCGGACAUCGGUGCAAGCUGCACCGGCCGGAUGCGAUCUGGUCUGCAGUCUGUCGUUUAUCGUCUCCGACCGGCGGGCGCCACAAACGAAGAGACUUCUGCUGGACUGCUUGCGUGCUCGUCUACGCGGCGCAGGACUGCGUUGUGCUUCUCCUCACCUCACACACCUUGGCGCAACCGGGGACUCCUUCUCCCAGACAGAAACUCGCUUCACUUUGUCCAGGCCAUUCUCCGCGGAUGACCCCAACUCUCAGAUUGCAGAUUGCCAGUCUACCCGCCAUCGCGCAGCAAUAUCCCGCGCCGAGCUCUCACAGUCCACACCCACAUACUUGCACUUGCAGACGCAUCUCCUCACAUCCAAUCUGCACCGCUCUGCACCGCUCUGCACAACUGCCUGCACGCACACGCUCCCUGAGCAACAACUGGGCAUGCACCCCAAUACGCAACCUCGUCCGUCCCCGCCACUCGCUUAGCAAUCCAAUGACACAUUCCCGCUCUGCUAUUCGUGGUGGUUCCCGAGACUCGGGAACCGAUUUUGGGGGCGCUUCAGAUCCUCCAGACACUCCACUGAUUGCAUCGAGAAUCUCAGCUGCGAUGCAUAGGGUCUAUGUCAUGAAUUGAUCGCUCAGCUCAUUUCUCGUCAGGAUGAACAGGGUGCUUGCCGGGGGUUUCGAAUUAAUUUGGAAGGUAUGACGUAUACGGCUAACAGACCGAAGAGUAUACGAAGUAGAUGUAACGUGAGAAUUUCAGAAGCCUCAUUUUUUGUGAGGGUUUAAUGCUACUAGGGAACAUUGGCGUGUGGCAAUUUGCAAAGACGAAGCGGCGAUAAGUCCUG